AACCAGCACGUAAAACCAGUACGUAAAACCAGUACGUAAAACCAGCAACUUCUCCAGACCAACGCAGUCUUGCAGUAUUGUGGAAUCAAAUGUUUUAGAAACUUCCCCAACAUGGGGAAAGCAGCCUUCAUCUCGCUGCUGAUAGCGGCCCUAUCGGCGCUGCUCGGAGAGAGGAUUGUAAACUUCAGGAAAGUGACCCUCGCUUCAAGGGAGCUGGUCCAAAACCACCUCCCCAACUGCGUUGCUCUCAAAAACCUUGAUUUUGGCUCAGAGGAUAUAACGAUCAUUGGAGACGGACUUGCCUUUAUCAGCACUGGUUUGAAGUAUCCUGGAAUCGCAUCUUCAGAUACCCCCGGAAAGAUCUACACCCUUGAUCUGAAAGAUUCCCGGAUGAAACCAAUGGAGCUGCGCAUGCCAAGGAACUUUGAUCUGGAGUCGUUCAACCCUCAUGGCAUCAGCGUAUACAUCGAUCCAGAAGACUCAAUAUACCUGUUUGUCGUCAGUCAUCCUCAACACAAAAGCCAAAUUGAGGUGUUCGAAUUUGUUGAGGACAACCACUCACUGGUGCACCUGAAAACCAUAAAACAUGAACUUCUCCACAGUGUAAACGAUAUUGUGGCAGUUGGAGUGGACAGCUUCUAUGCCACCAAUGAUCACUACUUUACCCAUGAAAUACUCAAAGGUACGGUGGAGCCUCUUCUGGCUCAGCCUUGGAGUAAUGUUGUGUACUACAGUCCUGAGGAAGUAAAAGUGGUCUCUGAAGGAUAUUACUUUGCAAAUGGCAUUAAUAUCUCACCAGACGAAAGGCAUGUAUAUGUGGUUGAUCUGUUUGACCACAAUGUGCAUGUAUUGGAGCGGAAAGAUGACAAUGCAUUGGUCUCGGUUAAGUCUGUGGCUGUGGGUAGCCUCUGUGACAACGUUGAGGUGGACCCUGAAACUGGUGACCUGUGGUUAGGCUGUCACCCUAAUGGAUGGAAAUUUUUCAUGUCAGACCCCAAAGACCCAGCUGGAUCAGAGGUCAUCCAAAUCCAGAGCAUUCAUUCUGAUAAGCCAGUGGUGACUCAGGUGUACGCUGACGACGGCCAAGUGAUCAUUGGCUCCUCCGUAGCAGCUACUUAUGGGGGGAAGUUGCUUAUCGGUACUGUGUACCAUAAAGCUCUGUGCUGUGAUUUGAAGUAGGCAAUUACUGCUAGAAAAGUACUGACCUCUUUGCAGAGCUCUCAAUAAGACAAGGCAAUGAUGAUUUGAAUGAUGAUCUACAUGGAUAUUAAAGCACUGGUUUUACGGGGAAAUGCUGAUAACAGACCCCGAAAAGAGUGCCUGAAAAUCCACAAGGAGGAGCUGGAGGAAGAUAGGUAAAUUGUGUUUUACAUGAUUUAAUCGCAAUGAGCCCUGUGUACAACCUUCUUAUUUACAGUCUAUGGGUACAACAGCAUAUUUGAAUGUGGUCUCAAACACAGAAGUUACUGAACUACCCAGAUACUUGAACCGCUGUGAAAUAAGUACUUGCAAAAUAGAAUAUUUUCAACCAGACAAUCCAAUUUAUUUGCUUUGCUGUGCAUCAUAAUUUGUUUUCAUAUAUUUUUCACUGGUCCCCUGGUUAUUUAAAAUCUCUACAGAUGGAUUAUAUGCAACUGAAUGUUUUACUUGUUUCAAUUGCUUUUGUGACAUUUGUGUUGUGUAUUUGACUGUAAAUAAAACAAUAAAGAAAGUCUUGAUGCAA